UUCGAAACAAGGUGUUCAUUUUAAUCGCAGCUUUUGCAGGGUUCAGUCUCACUGGAGUAUCGACAUCAUUUCAUUAUGGCAACGAUUUUAUCGUCACUUCGAAUCGAGACGAUGGAGCCAUUCCAGACGAUUACUUGAGCAACGAUACAUUGAGAGUGGCAAAACGAUUUUAUCGCGAUUAUUCGAUGAAUAUGAGUGAUGUGAUAGUUCGUCGAGUGAAACGUGAUGAGGCCACAUUUUAUGGCCAUCCAAAAACGAGAGAAGAACGAUGGCAUACCAAUUUCAAUCUCAACAAAACCAAUUUUCAAGCACAAUCGCUUGUGAACCUACUCGUUAAAGUUAUGGAUAAGUAUUUGAAUUCCUGUAUUCCAAUCAUUUUAUACGAUCACCACGUUGAAUCGGUCGAAGGGAUUCUGCUACAGACAUUCUUUAAGGCUAUUAAAAUAUCAUAUUUACAUGGGAUGAUCAACAUGAAUUACUCUGUGAUAAAUCAGGAUCUGCUUAAGCCAAACGACAAAAGUUGUCGCAGUUACAUUGUAUUUUUGUCGGAUGUGUUGCGGACACGUGAAGUGCUCGGCCCUCAAACAACAAAUCGUGUGGUUUUAAUACCAAGAUCAACGCAAUGGAAACUACAAGAAUUCUUAUCCUCAAAACAAGCCAGUGAUCUUGUGAAUUUGCUUAUCAUUGGUGAGUCUUUAACGUCUGAUCCGUCAAAAGAAAAACCGUACGUUUUGUACACGCACAAACUGUACACGGAUGGUUUGGGCUCAAAUUCUGCAAAAGUAUUAACAUCAUGGGUGAAAGGGAAAUUAUCACGGCCCAACGUGAAUUUGUUCCCGAGAAAGUUUACCAACGGAUUUUCAUCACAUCGAUUCAUGGUGGCUGCCAUUGAGCAACCACCAUUUGUCCUCAAAGCUCUUUCGACUGAUAUCACCGGCAAUACUCGCAUCGAUUGGGAUGGCUAUGAAAUUCGAUUGUUAAAAUUGAUGGGUGAUCGCCUCAAUUUCAGUAUUCAAAUUAUGGAACCGGAAGAAAUCAGUGAACUUGGUCGAACGUAUAGUGUGAUUGAUUUGGUUGAGUCCCAUAGUUCUGAUAUCGGUUUGGCGGGUGCUUUCAUGUCGAACGAACGGAUGUUACGCAUUGAAAUGUCGCUACCACAUUCAACGGACUGUGCAGCAUUCAUAACAUUAGCAUCAAAGGCACUACCCCGUUACCGAGCCAUCCUUGGCCCGUUUCAAUGGCAAGUGUGGGUUGCAAUCAUUUUUACCUAUAUUUUUGCCAUUUUUCCACUAGCAUUCUCGGAUCGACUCACUCUAAGCCAUUUGAUCGGCAAUUGGGGUGAAAUUGAAAAUAUGUUUUGGUAUGUGUUUGGCACAUUUACAAACAGUUUAACGUUUACUGGUGAAUUUUCCUGGUCCAAUACAAAAAAAACUAGUACACGAAUGUUGAUUGGUUGCUAUUGGGUUUUCAGUAUUAUAAUAACGGCAUGUUAUACCGGAUCGAUCAUUGCCUUCGUCACUUUACCCGUGUUCCCCGAUUUCAUCGAUACUCUUGAUGAUUUGAUAUAUGGAUUUUAUCGCAUCGGGACAUUAAGCAAAGACGGUUGGCAAUACUGGUUUCAAAAUUCAACCGAUGAAGAUGCACGAAAAUUGGUAAAAAGUCUGGAAUUUGUGCAAGAUAUCGAAGAAGGUAUAGGCAAUGUAACAGGAGCAUUCUUUUGGGGAUAUGCCUUCCUUGGAUCAAGAGCCCAUCUACAGUAUAUUGUGACAAAUAACAUAUCAAUGGAUGAAGUCGGUAAAAAAUCCACUUUACACAUCGCUGAACAAUGUUACUCAUCAUUCGGUGUGUCCAUGAUGUUUCCGCACAAUUCCGUUUACGCAAAGCUGUUUAAUGAUAUAAUUUUGAGCUUUGCGCAAAGUGGCUUAGAUUUGAAGCUAGCCAACGAUAUGGCCUGGGAUUUGCAGCACAGUGACGCACAACAAUUGAUAGAAUCAACCAAAUCGAAAUCUUUUAGCAUGGAUGCUGUUGUGGAGCGCAAAUUGAACUUGGCCGAUACAGAGGGAAUGUUUUUGUUGAUGGCAAUUGGAUAUAUUUUGGCUGGAAGUGUGCUGUUUUCAGAGAUAGUCGGCGGUUGCGCCAAGUCAUGUCGCACCUUUCUCCGUCGAAACUCACAAGUUUCGCAAAGCGAUAUGAGACGUGGCAGUGAGUUUUCGUUGAGUCGAAUCGAAGCCGAAGAACCGAAAAUGUUUUCGGAAAAAUUGAAGAGGGGAAUUCGAAGACGCUUACGAUCGAAACCGAAGCCAGUGGAAGAGCCAAAGGAUGAAAGUAAACCGAAGGAAAUAGUAGAGCCAAAUGGUACGGAUGGUAAAUCUGAGCUAAAGGAACCAGAGCUUAAAGGGUCCAUGUCUUUUUGUACCCUGAAACGUAUUAUGCUGAUGCGGAAGAAACGAAAAGAGGAAAAGAAGGCUCAGAUAGAGGAGAAUAACGUGAUUGGUGUGGCGGAAGACGAACCGACCAAAAGCAAUUUCGAGAAUUAUCUGGAUUUUGAGCAAGGCCCCAUCGGAGGUGAACAAAUCACAAUUGAACAUGAAAAAAGCAAUGGCGAUUCCGGUGAUGGUGCCAGUUUGCUUGGAUCAUCAUCAGUCUACUCAGAAUCACAUAUUAUGAAAAAAGAAACCGAAGCCGAAGUGAAUCAACUCACGGUUUCGGAUCGUGAGAAUAAUCCUUCGAAGGAGUUUGGCGACAUUGUUUAACCAAAAAAGAAACAAUCGAUGUUAGCUUUUACGUAGUUACGUUUUAUUGGAUUUUAAAUGCAUUUUUCAAAAUGUUCACAAUAUUUCCCCGUGACAAUGCACGUGUUAAACGGUCAAAUGUUAUUUACCAAUUGUUUUUGUUUUCACAUCAUUUUUUGUGUGCUACACUCAAUACGUUUACUUUACAGAUGCGCCUUUAUUCAAUAUAAUGAACAAAUUUCACUUACUUAAAAUCAAUACAGGUAUAUGAAUCAACUGAGUGAAAAAUGGAUCCCAAUUCUAGUAUAUUACAAUUUGUAACUAGGAAAAGAAAAACGAAUUCAGGCUAAAUUCAUAAUUUAAUAAAUGUAUGCUUAAAAGUUAGAAUAGAUUCAAUAAAUGUUUACCAUGUAAUUUGCAAAUUGAGUGUUAACCAUAUCAACGAAGAAGUAAUUAGUCAAUUAUUUAUAAUAUAUCGACAUUUGCCAACAUUUCAAAAUGAUAGAAUAAGUGAAUAGGCGUCCACAGAUUGAACAAAAUUAUUUGCUUGAUACAUCCUG